AUGUUGAACACAGACCCAGUGUCAAGGAUUACAAUAAAACAAAUCAUGGAGCAUCCAUGAUAUAAAGCUCAUAUACCUUUGCAUUUAAAAUAUACUGAAGCUGUUGUUGACCAAAAUCAAAUUUUAGAUUGCAUAGGGUCAGUCCAAGCAAAUCGAUCUAAAAAAGAAAUAUUUGAAGAAGUCUUAGAAAAAUGUCUUGAGUAUCCAGAAUUUGAAGGCUUAUGUAAAAAUAAAGUUGAGCUGAAAGAACGAAUUUUGAAGAAAAAGCAAGACCCUUUUACAGUAACUUAUGCAAUUCUUUUAGACUCUACUUUAAAAGUCAAGCGAAAAGUCCUUAUCAAAAGUCUUAGGCAGGCUCGUAGGCAACUACUCGUUCUCAUUAGCACUUCACCACUUGCUAGCCCAGUGUCGCCGCUCCAUGAAAUUGCUAAAACCCUUCUGUAUAUGCAUAUCGAGUACGUCUCUUCCUUCCUCUAG